AUGAGGGGGCAGCAGGAGCGUACCAUGAGGGAUCUGUACGAUCGCACGCGCCACAAAGAUCUCCCGGUUCCAGAGGAACCAGCUGAAGGGUGCGGCGGAGGGCGCAUGGAGGGCUCGGAGCAACAAGAACUGGCCUCUAAGAUGGAGGACAAGACUGUGGUAAGGAAAAGAGUAGUAUCAAGCAACAACACUCGUGUCAAGGCAGAGUCUGGCACCUGUAAUGUCUGUUCUGCCCCUUGCUCCUCUUGUUUACACCCACGUAUUCGAGUUGAGGAUUUGAAUGUUGAAUGUGCAUCCUCUCAAACAUGCUCCACAAGGUCGGAAGUAAAAAACAAUUCACUCGUUCGUAGUGAGAAAGGGCUCUGUAGUAAAGGAGAAAACGAUGAUGAGUUUAGUGCAACCUCGGGUCAUGUUUCCUACUCUGUGACUGGUGGAAACAAAGUGGUUGCAAGAUCAUCCAUUGCAGAUGAUUCAUCAGAGGUUGACAUGCCAUCAAAACGAAGGAGGCUGUUAAAUCAAGACACAAGACUAUCUAGAGCAGAAUACCUUGAUGACAGCAACUCAUGUGUUACUUCAGGAGAAGGCAAACUUCAUUUGGAUAAGAAAAAACUAUCAACUUCUGCAUCCAGUCGAGAUUUGACUGCUAAAGAUUAUAAAGCCAUGGCUAACCACAGCAAACUAAGAAAUCAAUGUGUUGAUGAAUCAAAGAAAGGAUCUGAUGAUUCUUCUGUUAUGACAAAAAAGUUGCUGCGAACCCAGUCUUCUGUCAGUGCAUUGAGCAGAUUAUCUCCUAACAGGCAAGCUCAUGAAUUUGGGAAAGCAGUGGAUAAUUUAUCUCAUCAACCUUGUGAGAAGACUACUCUUUUGAAGAAUAAUGAACAAGCACGAGGUGGGCAAUUGAACCCUUGUAUAUCUGGUGAUAACAACCAUGGCAUGCUGGCAGGCUACAGUAAUAGGCAUGCGAACAAAGAUGGUUUCUCAUUGAAGGAUCUAGACAAUGGCACCUUGUGCUCAAAAGAUGAAAUCCAAGAACAUGGUGACAUCCAUUCUAAUGAUGAUGUUAAGAAGAAUGUGGGUGACAAACAAGAUUCGGAUCAAGAUUGUUCAAUGGAUAUAUCCAGCGACAGAAAUUUGAAUAUAAAACAUGAUGUGAUGACAGACUGUGGGAAUUCGGAAGGUUUGAUAGAUGUUAAUGUUUGUGAUAUAUGUGGAGAUGUUGGUAGGGAGUAUCUUCUAGCUACAUGCACCAGAUGCCUUGAGGGAGCAGAACAUACUUACUGCAUGCGAGUGAAGAUGGAAAAAGUUCCAGUUGAUGAAUGGUUUUGUGAAGAAUGCCAACUUAAGGAAGAUCAGAAAAAUACAAGUAACUAUGGUAUCGUGGCGGUUAAUGUGACAGAAGGAAAGAACCAAAGGACAGAAAGUCAAAGCAAGCCUAAGGCAUUGCAAAUUGUUGUGCCUGAUUUGGAUUCUCCGCAAGUCACACACAGCGCACUGACAGCUGAUCGGUGUGAUGGUAAGAGUAAAAGAUUGCAUUUAGCUUCAGCUGAUACACAAACACGCCAAGUAAAGGAUACCACCCCAGCUGCUGAAAGAUUGGAUGUGAAGAACAAAAAAUCAUUAAGCGUUGCAAACCGUAACAAACUGCAAGUUCUUACAUCUGAUUUGGACAUACGACCACGCAGUUAUGGAACACCAACAUCUGGAGUCUAUAACAAGAGUCAAAGUUCAGAAUUUCUGUUAAACCACAAAAAGUUGCGAGUUUCUACUGAUAUGGAAUCGCCACUCUCAAAUGAAGGCCUACGGAGUCCACCAAUAUCAUGUAAGAGACAUGCAGAGAGUACGUCGUCCCCUAAGCCUAGGCUCUUCAAGACAGGGAGCCUUGGAAAGCAAGAUGUCAUCUCUCGUGAGAACUCAUUUAAGAAAUCUAGCAAGGGAGGUUUAACUUCAGUUGAUAAUGUUCUGGUGAGAACUACCCAGGUGGUCAAAAGUUCUCAGACCUUGUCACGGUCAUAUUCCUUGGGGAACAUGAUGAAUGCUAAAGCUCCAGUUCCUUCACCAAGAGGCCUUUUAUCCAAGCAGCUAUCCUUCAACAGCACCAACAACGGACCAAAGGUCAAGCAGUUGGUUGAUGGGAUGUCUAGCAAGUUAAGACCUGCAGAACAUUCCCCAAGAGAUCCUAGAGAUAAGGAACCCAUCAAAAAGAUUGUACAAUCAGGAUCUUUCAAACGUGAGGGUUCAGAUUCCAUAGAUGCUGGAUCAUCAAAACAAAAGCAAACAUUUCAUUUGUCUCAAGAUGAAAAACCAGGAGUACUGAAGCCAAUAAAGGAAAAGAAUUUAACAGAAAGAAGGGCUUCCUUUAGUUUGAAAAAACCAAACAUUCCUUCAUCUCCAAGGCCUGACAGCUGUAUGAAGUCAGGGGAAAGAAAAAUUGAUCAGGAUAUUUCAAGGUCUGGAACAAGCAUACUUAAAAGGGACCCCCUUAAAAGUAGCAACAGACCUGGAUAUGCUGAAAAGAAGCAGAGCUAUGAUUUGUCUAGAAGUGACAAUGGCAAGCAAGAUGUUACCGUGCAUCCAAAACCAAUGGAAGUUUCUGGUAAAGAUGCUUACGGAGUAAAGAUAUCUGAUCCACCAGUUCAAUCCCAAUGUGCCAAAAAGGAUAGAUCAAAUGAUGUUGAGGAUGACGGCUUACUCAUUUCAGUGAAUAAUGUUAACAUAGCGCCAAAUGAGCAUGCCGAGGUGGUUCCCACAACAUUUACUGCCAUGACUUGUGAAUCAGAUUUGCAAGAUGUUCCAAGAGAAAGCACCUCUGAUGAUUCAGCUCCGAAAGUGGUAUGUUGCCAACAAAAGCUUUUGGAAAACACAGGAGAUGAUUCCUGUAAAAUUGUAGAGGUGGUUCAAGAUUCAGGAGAUAUAUUGUCUGUGACUCCACGUGGUCUUCAGAUGGCACACAAUCUAUCCCCCCCUGAUAAUAAAUUGGAUAAACCAGAUUUGAAGAAGGAAACUUUUGCUGAUCAAUCUUCAGCUCUUGGGAAUCCUUUAAAAGAUUAUGUUAUUCCAGAGCAGUCUUACAUCUGGCAGGGUAGCUUUGAGGUUUCAGGACAUGGAAACUCCCCUGAAAUGUUUGAUGGGUUUCAAGCUUACUUGUCUACUUGUGCCUCGUCCAAAGUACGUGAAGUAGGUGAACAGUUACCUGAUAAAAUUCAGCUAGCAGGAGUCCCACGGCAUUCCUCAUGGCCGCUGCAAUUUAAUGAAGUAAAUCCAACUGAAGAUAAUAUUGCUCUUUUUUUCUUUGCUAAAGAUGUUCAAAGUUACGAAAGGGCAUAUGGUAAACUCUUGGAUAACAUGCUUCUUGGUGAUUUGUCUCUCAAAGCAAAUAUUGGUGGCACUGAACUUCUCAUUUUUCCAUCUGAUAAAUUGCCAGAGAGCAUUCAACGUUGGAAUGGUUUACUUUUCUUUUGGGGCAUUUUUUAUGCCCGGAAAGAAAGUAGUCCACUAGAGCUUCCUACAAAUAAUUGUCCAUUAGAACAAAUCAAUGGACCUGUUAUCCAGCAUGAUAUGGGUUCCCCUAAGGCACUUCAGCCUUUGGGUAUAGAUUUGAAUGAGUGCCCUAAUGAUGAUAUAUCUGAUCCGGCUCUUUCACUUGGAUCAGAGAGUGAGAAAUCUGAUGCAUCUGUAGAUUAUAAUAUUUUAUUAGAGUCCAAACACGAGGAUAGAAAUCUGAAUGCAAGUGAAAUACAUCAUGAAGAAACUGCAGGCACAAGACAAAUUAUACUGGGGCAUCCUUCUGCAGCUCCCUAUGGAACUAAUCUUCCCACAAUCUCAACAGGAGAAGGUCAUGACAUGGUUCGGGAUUAUCCCGCUGGUGCAAAAGGUAGCACAGGAACAGCAGGUGGAAACAAAAUGGAGAAAGCAGAUCAGAAUGAAUCUCUCUUCUGUUUUUCACAGCAACCAGGUGCAAUUAGAUCAAUGUCACAUGAGAUGAAACUUAAGAAACAUGGUCUUCUGCCCUCGCAUUGUCAUUUUAGUGGAUCAAAGAUAUGUGAUAAUCAAACCAAAUCAACUCCAAGUUCAGAUAUGGGUUCUUUGGAUUCUGACCUCACCAACAAAAGGCAGAAGACUUCUUAA